AUGGUAUCGCAUAUAUGGAGUAUUCUGAAGCAGAGAGACUCUUUGUGGGUGCAAUGGAUCCAUUCUUAUCGGCUUAGAGGUCGGAAUUUCUGGAAUUGCAAGGAAACGACUACAUGCAGCUGGAGUUGGAGGAAAAUCCUCCAAUUGAGGCCGCUGGUUAAGGAGCAUAUUUGGUCUUCGUUGGGAGCUGGCACUACCAUUUCAGCCUGGUAUGACUCGUGGUGCCAUCUUGGGCCCCUGUCAAACAUUUUAUCGCCUAGGGUAAUCACUAAUGCAGGCUUUCGGAUAGAUGCUAUGGUUACGGAUGUUUAUAGAGGUGAUGCUUGGGCUUGGCCGAAUAUUUGGAGGGAUUUGUUCCCGGUUCUUAAUCAGUUAGAUCAUGUUCGGCCGGAUCAUAAUAAGCGAGACCGUUUGCUUUGGAAGGAUGGAGAUAAUUUGCUGGAUCAUUCGUCCUUUACGGUUUGGGAUUCUCUUCGGAUUAGGGAGCAGGAAGUCAAUUGGGUUUCUAUUGUUUGGUUUCCGCAAUGCAUUCCAAGGCAUGCUUUUUUGGUGUGGAAUUCGGUUCGUGCUAAGGCUGAUAUGGGUGAUGUGGAUCCUAAAUGGUCUUCGAUUGUCAAUUGUUUGAUGACAAGAAGGCGCGUGAAGUCGGCUUCGAGUUAUGUGGCUCGUCUGCUGGUAGGUGCAACAGCUUACAUAAUUUGGCAAGAGCGUAAUGCUAGGCUCUUUAAAAAUCAAACCCGUCCACCGGAGGCAAUAUGUGAAGUAAUCCUCAAGAUAGUUCGAUACAAACUGAUGGGCGUGAAAUUCAAAUCGUGUGCGACUGUUAAGUGUUUGCUUGGGAAAUGGGGGAUUGAUGAAGACGCAAUAGAAGACAAUGGGGGCUGA